CUCUCCAGACCACCACAAAAACGCCGCCAGUCACGCUCCGGGACGGGAGGUCGACCGCCGCCAGCCACGCUCCGGGACGGGAGGUCGAUCCUUCCUCCACGCCGGCCUAGAGCCCAUCGCCGCCAAGCCUCAGGUCACCUCUGCCUAAUCCCCUGCCCGGCCAAGAAUCAGAGCGCCACCGUCCUGGCCAGAAACGCCGCCGCCGGCCUGCUCUCCAGCGUGUUCCGUUUGUUUAUUGCCAACAACCCGACGCCAAACGCCAGACGCCUCAGCUGCUUCGGGAGCUGUCGCGUCCGGUCGUCGAGAGGACCGGCCGCGCGCACGUGACACCGUCGCCUCGGCGAGCCCACUCGCUCGCCAUGGCCGCCGCCGCCGACGAGCCCUCCAUUACCCGCUGGUCCUUCGAGGAUUUCGAGCGCUACUACGACGCGGGCCUCGGCAUCCGCCACCAGCCCAAGGGCGACGGAGAUGACGACGACGACGAUAAAGAGGACGCACCGCCCGGAUCAGGCCCCGCCGACAGCGCCCGCGCCAACGGCGGCGCUGACCUCGCCGUGUUCGAGCAGUACGAGCGUCUGGAUAGAAAUGUCGAGUUCCGUAACGGGGCAAUGGAGGCUGGGCCGCCGCAGAAAUCUCUGCUCCCUUCUUUUGAAUCUGCAGAAACACGCAACUUAGCCGAUACAUUGUUGAGGUAA